AUUUGAGUAAGUCAAUUAAUAAAACAAACAAAUGCUUUUUGCUAUUCUAAAUUUCAAAAUCAUAAACUAAACUAACUUGAAAUUAACGCUGUACAAACUGGUUAUAUGUCCGAUAUCCAAAGAUAUAUACUUUUUUAAAAGAACAGACUACUUUAUCUUCACUUAACUCUUAUCAUUUUUUAUUAAACAAUCAAUGAAUUGACAAUUAUUCCUCUUAUCAGUCAAUACUUGUUUUAAGUGAAUUCUUAUAAUGUAACUGUUUUUCGAGUUAUAUCACGCAGUUAACUACGCAUUAGAUAAUUGUUUUAUUUAUAAAAUAGUUACUCUGCACUUUUAUAUUUCUGAAUAAUUAUCGUAUAAAUAUACAGAUGGAUUCAUUGGGGCCGGAACAUCCAAGAAAUCUUAUACCUGAAUUAUGUUCCCAAUUUUACAAUUUGGGAUGGGUAACAGGCACUGGGGGUGGCAUUUCAAUCAAAGAAGGGGACAAAAUAUAUAUUGCUCCAUCAGGAGUACAGAAGGAAAGAAUGAAACCAGAUGACUUGUUUGUUCAAACAAUUAAUGAUGAAGAUCUGGAAUUACCACCACCUGACAAAAACCUAAAGAAAAGUCAAUGUACUCCCCUAUUCAUGCUCGCGUAUCGUGAGCGAGGCGCUGGUGCAGUCAUACAUACACAUUCACCACAUGCUGUACGCUGUACACUGCUGUAUGACAAGGAGUUUGUUAUCACCCAUCAAGAGAUGAUAAAGGGCAUAAAAGAUGCUAAAUUGGGUAGAUAUCUGCGUUAUGAUGAGAAACUAGUUGUUCCUAUAAUUGAGAACACUCCAUUUGAGAAAGAUCUAGCCGGUAGUUUGGGUGAAGCUAUAGCAAAGUAUCCUGGUACAAGUGCAGUACUGGUGCGAAGACAUGGAGUCUAUGUAUGGGGUGAUAGCUGGCAACAAGCUAAAACUAUGACGGAAUGCUACGACUACCUUUUUGAAAUGGCCGUGGAAAUGAAGAAACUAGGCCUCAAUCCAGCCUAUAAUCCUGAAACUGAGAAAGUUGAGAAUGGUGCAUAAAGUUUAAAGAAAUCUCAUUAAGCCAA